AUGUCUCAACCCGAAAUUUCUUCCAUGGCGGGCCAAAGGGAUUCAUUUGGCUCAAACCACGUAAUUGCUGAUGGAAAUAUCGGUAGCAGUCGAUCACAAAAUGUGCUUGAAAAUGUUCAAGUGUUAACUGACAGUAACUCUAUCAAUUACCAACAAAAUGCUUUUAAUAAUUCACGCGAUGUCAAUGUGAAUUUGAAUUUAUCGCUAUGA